UGUCUCCCUAUACGAUGCUAUUCAACGCUUACUCGCUCUUCCACUCUGGUAGCACGUCUACCGUCUGCCGCUUCCCGACAGUCGUUCUUUCUACUACGCAGCUUCCAACGUUGGUCAACUGACGCGUCGUUCCCUGGCAACCCUCGUCACGGUCGAGCAGAAGAGAACAUGACGGUGCUACUCCCGUCGAACGUCAAGAUCUCGGAGGUCAAAGAACCGACCGAGGAGAUGAUCGACCAAGCGCUCAAGCUCACGAACGCGCUGCAGGAGGGAGACCCGUCGUGCAAAGCGUGGACGGGCGGGAACCUCGAACUUCUACCGCUGCUCAUGCGCGCGAUCAUCAAGGCGACUUGGCUGGGCGAGGGCGCGGGAGACACGUAUGUCGCGACGGACGAGAAUGGCACGCUCGUCGGGUACUCGCAGUGGAUCCCAUCAGGGCGGGACGUCUUCGACUCUGAGGACCAACGCCAGUAUGGGUUCUACGAAUUCAUGGAGAAGAUAUCGGACGAGGGGAAGAAGUACUUCGAAGAGUCGCUAGGCCGCGACUUUCCAAAAUACCUCGAAAAGUCGUUCGGCGUCAUCGCGCAGGAUACUCACUUCUGCAACAUGGUGAUGGUGCAACCCGAAUACCAGGGCAAGGGCAUCGCGACGGCCAUGUUCAAGAUGGCGUACGAGAAGGCGAAGCAGACGGGGGCAGUCGUAGCCCUCUCGACCGGGAACGAGAAGAAUAUCGUCGUGUACGAGCACAUAGGAAUGAAGUUGAAGGGCCACCAGGUGUUCCAGUCGCCCUGGGGCGAGUGGCCGAGCUGGGCGUUUGCAUGGGAGACGAAGGAACAAUGAGCUCGGCGGGCUGUGACGUGCAUCCUUCGAGAUCCGGUGU